GGCACCGCUGAUCAAUACAGUCAGCUGGUGUGAGGUGCGAAGGCAUGACGGCGGGUAGUUACCUGGGAGCCGUGAUCCCCACACCUACACCACACUCCCUCCCUCAAACUCCGCCUUCAAAGAACAAUCCUCGAGGUUUCCAGCUCGUCCGAGGGCUUCCCUAUGGACCUGGGGAGUUGGUCGGUAUCUGUGAAGAUUUUAGGGAGCACCUCAGGGAAUUCUCGCUAAUCUUGAUAAGGAAGGUUUUAGUGGAGUUGGUGAGGUGUGUCACCCCAGCGGCCAGAGACAGAGGUGAGGCUUAAGUAAAUACGAAGCCGCUACAAGACUUGUCUAUGUGUGUAUCCAGUGUGGCGGUGCACAACACACACACACACACACGUGUCCACGUGACGGUGCACUACACACAUGCUGUCACUAACAGAAUUUGAGUGACCACAGUGUGACCCCUGAGUGACCCGAAGGUGAACCCAGAGUAACUCCAGGUGACCCCAGAAUAUCUCAUCUCACGACCAUCGCCUUCCCUCUCAAUAUGUCUUUAGGUCAAGUGGAUAAGGCUUUCCUGAGGCCACGAAAGCUAGUGGAAGUGUUGGCAUACAAGCCCCACAUGUCCACCACAUUGCUGAAUCUCAUGCAGAAGCACCAGUUGCAGCCAUCUGCUGUGCGACGGGUGGUGUUCACCUACCCCAGGGUGUUCUACCUGGAGGAGGAAGUGGUAAAGCUGCGCCCCAGGCUGACGAUGUGUCCCUCCUACAGCGUGGCAGGUGAGUGUGACCUCGCAGACGAGUGCGAGACCCUACAUUACCUGAAGGACGUGUGUACCUCAGACUCGUGUUUUAGAAGUCACGAUUGGGAACAGCAGCCUAACUCGCGCAUACUCUAUAACCACUUCCUGGAGGAGCUGAACAACGAAGUUCUGUGCAAGAUGGUACAGCUGGUGAUCCAAGAUUCAGACGAAGAGGAAAGAGAGUUGAAUAUCGAUGGUCGCCUGAAUGCAUCAUUGUGGACAAUGAAUUCAAACGGGGAUGUGCUCGUUCCCGAGAUCUGCUACUUCUCGGUGGAGGGACUGUGCAAACAGGAGAAUGUCGGGUGUAGUCGCCUGCACGCUACGCGGCAUUACCAGUGGCAGGUACGGGAGAAGGACGGCCGCUGGCAGAACCUCCAAGACGCCCAGGUGAUGGCCCUGGAGCGCUCAUAUUGUGAUCCAGCUCAAGAAAGUGUUCCCAUGCCCCCACCCAAUCCAACCACCUACCGUCCCCCACCCGGUUACCUGCUACAGAUCAUGGGCCGUGAUACUUGGACUGCACAUUUUGAUACAAUGACCAUCACUAACACUUCUGGUGAAAUACUGUGGUUGCGCCGACUGUGCACGGAGGAGAAGGAGGACACUGAUGUGAAAGCAAGAAACUUUGUCUGGUAUUUCUUAACAGAAGAAAAUGAAUGGGUGCCUUAUGGAACACCUCACAACGACCUGGUAAGCAGUAUAACUUGGGAAGAAAUAGAGAAAAGCUUUAAAGAAGGGAGCAAAAUUAUAUACUUCUCUACCGAAAACCACAAAUACUCCAUAGAAUUCGCCACAAUGACUCAAACGAAUGAUGAGAAUGGCUCCCAGAAAGAGAUCAGACGACGACCACAGCCACAUCUUGAUGAGGACGAAGAAAGCACCAGGGCUUCGUCUCCAGACUACGGAGAAGACGAGACCCCAGAGUCUCCCAUCCCUUCAUCUCUCGAAGGCGAGGACGAAGAGACCCCAGCGCCCUCAUCACCAACCUCUACUUCUCCUUCUUUUCAAGGCUCCGAAAUUGACCCGUCAUUACCUGUCAUCUGGGAGGACAUGGAGUGUGUGGAGAACCUUCGUCUUGUUCCUCUCAACCCAUACACUAAUGAAUAUCGGGAGGUGAUGGCACUCCUUGAGCCGGGAUUGAGCAAAAGAAGAGUUUUGGGAAUAAAACGAAUACAAAAUCGACAGUUGUGGCGCAAAUUCCAAAAACGACUUGAAGAAAUGCCUGAUAUUUACAACGGACCGGAACCCACCAUACGGCAGCUGUUCCACGGAACCACAAAGGACGUGUUGCCGAAAAUCUUCCGUAAGAACUUGGAUCGGACGCUCCAGGGAACAUCCUACGGGAAAAAAACAAGGUAUGGCCAUGGCACUUACUUCUUUUCUGACGUGGAUAGGGCCUUCAGGUACAGUGUUCCAGACUCACGGUACGACAAGUCCUACCUGCUGGUGGCACAGGUGGCGGUGGCAGACAUAACCAAGGGAGACGGCACAAUGGAGAGUCCCCCCACCGAUCCCGAGACCGGUGUCACUUCCGACACCACCGUCAACGAUGUCGAAACCCCGACAGUUUACGUGAAGUACGACAAGAAAGAGUACUAUCCCCAGUACAUCGUGACUGUGACCUAAGCUUAGCUACAGUGCAUUUUCUUAAAAUAAGUGAAGCGUUACUCUUCCACGCCUCUCUCUCUUUCUCUCAGUUGUGCAUAGAAUGCAUCUACGAUUACCUAACCACAGAGAUAUGUGCGUCCUCAGAAAAUGGAACUACUGAAAGUUAAUUGCACCAAAAAAAAAAUUAAUAGAAUACUGCGCUUUUCCCCGCUUCCUUCCUUGAAAAUGAAGAACCCAACACACGAUAACAGAUUUAUUUGUGAGCUUUCUGGCGCUCACCUGCGAGGUAGUUUAAUUUAGGCAAAGACUUAGAAUUUUGGAAAGCAAAACAUACUAAAUACUUCCACACUGUACGGUAGUUUAUUUCUCUUCA